AUGCGAUGCGGUGUGGAGACAGACGAGCAGGGCUGCGUGACCGCAUGGUGGCACAUGGUCGCGCAGAACCUGAGGCACACAGUUCCUAGCUCGGGGGAGGAUGCUAAUGGGAAGGGCUAUAGCUAGUAUGAAGCAGCUCUCCAUGAUGGCAACCCAAUUAUUGUUUAUCUUCAUGGCAGUGCAGAACACAGGACAGCUCCUCAUAGACUUGAGCUAGUAAAGAUUCUGAGUGAUGGUGGUUUUCAUGUCUCGUCUGUUGACUAUAGAGGGUUUGGGGACUCGACAGGUAAGUCCACAGAGGAUGGGCUGACUUCAGAUGUUAUUUGUGUCUAUGAGUAGACCAAGGCAAGAAGUGGUACCACCCCCAUGUGUCUCUGGGGCCACUCUCUGGGAACAGGAGUUACAACAAAUGCUGCAAAAGGUCUAGAAGGGGAAGGAUUCCCAGUUGAUACUAUUAUCCUGGAAGUUCCAGUUACCAACAUGUGGGUUGCAAGUAUCAAUUACCCCUUGUUAAAGAUUUACUGGAAACCUCCAGGAUUUUUAAGCACGGUUAUGGAUGCCCUGAGGAAAGACGAACUAGUCUCCCUCAAUGAUGAAAAUGUUAAAUUCCUGUCUUCUCCCCUUCUUAUCAUACACGGUGAGGAUGACAAAAAGGUGCCUUUGGAAUUUGGAAAAAAAAAGCUCUAUGAAAUUUCACACAAUGCAUAUAGGAACAAAGAGAGGGUGAAGAUGGUGAUCUUUCCUUCUGGCUUCCAACACAACUUCCUUUGUAAAAGCUCCACACUGUUAAAAACCAUGAGAGAUUUCCUGAGCCAGCAGUAA